UCUCCGAUACGCGAGCUGGGCGGAUGAACCGAUCAGUAACACAGUUGAACUUGAUAGCACUACAAUGCCUUGUAAUCAUUCAGUAUCGCACGAGAAGAUCGCAACUCCAAAAGGAAAUGAUAACGAUUUGGAGAAUAUUGAUGAACUGAAUAUUAGUGGAAUGGCUUCCACAGCUCUCGAAUCAACCCAUUCAAAUACAGAAGAACCUGGGAAGGAAACUUUUGUCAUUCAGACUGACCAAUUGGAAGUGGCAUCCACAAAUUCAUCAUGGGAUGAGCAGAGGAAUCCAAAGAUCCCAGUCAAAGGAGCGUCUCUAAAGCAUGGUCAGAAAAAAUGGGCUGCAUUAAAGAAGAAAAGGAAAUCAUUUGCAUUUAGAAGGAUGGAGAGUGGACUGACUAACGGAACGUGGAAAUCGCUCACCUUGGGAAAAAAGACAGCUGAAGUUGCAGGCCAUAGCUGCAGUGAAGAGGGAUGUAGUCUCGAAAACUGCGAAAAUCAACCUCAGAAAGUUCGCAGGCAGGCAGCAGGUGGAGAAAGACUGACACCUUUAAAAGAAUUUAUUUCUCUAAAAGACUCAAAAACUAGAGAUGGAGAGGACAUUAUUGUUGUGAACCCCUCGAAGAUUCCCAGUAAACGAGAUUUCACAGGAAGGAAGGAGUACAACGAAAUAAUGGCUCGUUUGUUAUUGUAA